AAAACAAGUGUAUUUUUACGCUAAAUCUUUGGAUUAGUUGUCAAAGCGGACCCCAGGCUCCCAUGAGCCAUGGCAAAUGCCGGGAUAACGCAAGGAGAAUGAAGAGUUGAAGCAAUAACAAACGUAGCUAAAAACAAGACUGAAGGGUCGACAAUAAAUAGAUUAUAAGCAAAACAAUGAAGUUAUUUACAAGAUGGAAGCAAGUGAAAGGCUACGUAUCAUAUCGUCAUAUUACAUAAUCGGAACGUGAAAGUCAGUGCUCCGUCGACACUGGCCGGCGACACACGCGUUUAAAAAAACAAAAAAAAAACAAAGUGACGUUCGGAAAUUAAAAAAUAAAAUAGUGCGGGGAAAAGUGCGAAAACGCGGGAAAGUUGGCUGUACAUCGUUAUAUUUUGUCUGUGCCGCCCGUCGACCAAUGGCGGGGCGUGGAACGCCCCCGCAAGGGGUAUGUCUGGUGCUACUCGCCCUGUAUGCCGCACCAGCGUUAACGAGGAAAGCGGAGCCAUACUACGGUCGGCCCAUCGGCAGGCUGAACCAGUACGCGCACGGCAUACGCGGGCAAGUGUACGCAGUCGAUGAAAACACGGUAUUUGUACGCGGCUUCGCGUAUGAUGGCACCGGUCCUGACGCGUACUUUUGGGUUGGUGACACACCACAACCGUCACCAGAGGGCGUGCCCAUACCUUAUCCUGAAGACUAUACUACUAGAGACCCGCCAAUACUGACGGCUCACACAAACACAGACAUACUCCUCCGGUUGCCGGGCGGGAAACGGCUGAAAGACAUCAAGUGGUUGUCUGUGUGGUGCCGAAGAUUUACUGUAAACUUCGGCGACGUAUUCAUCCCGCCAGGUCUCGACCCGCCGAGGCCAAGAGUCCUUCCCGAACUGAAGAGGCUCGCGCACGGCCUCCGAUCUGGCAAUAUUAGCGUGCUUGACGCCAAAACGUUCUACAUUCCUAAUCUGCAUUAUGACGGCGCUGGUCCUGACGCGUACUUUUGGGUUGGGAAUGGAAGCGAACCUAAUCCUUUUGGCACUAAGGUCCCAAGCGAAAGCGGUUCCCUUAACCCGCUCCGCGGCUACCAAGGUGAGGACAUCGAGAUCCAACUCCCUGGCAAGCUGACAGCGUACGACAUAGACUGGCUAGCCGUGUGGUGUGUCGAGUACCGGCAUAACUUCGGACAUGUGUACAUACCGAAGGAUCUAGAUGUGCCGCCGGCGUUGGGGCAGACGAAGAUUACUCCUGCUUGGUGGUAUAACCCUACAAGUUCAACUACAUCACAAACUCCUGCUAGCGCUACUAAUAACUGCAAAGAAAUUUUAGACAAAAGGCUGCAGGUCAAAUGGGAACUACAGGGCAACCAAAUACAAAUAACGCUCGCGGCGCGUCUAAGGCGGGAGCAAUACAUGGCCUUCGGAAUAUCGGGAGCUGAAGGCAGACCAGCCAUGCUGAACGCUGAUGUGGUUGUUGCUUACUGGGACAACAAAUCAAACCAACCUAAGGUAGCAGACUACACGAUAAGCCACUUAGCCCAAUGCGACGGUGAGAGAGGAGUGUGCCCCGACGCGAGACUUGGCGGCAGUAACGAUGUAGUCGUAGUAUCCGGACAGCAAAAGAACGGCAUAACCACCAUCACCUACCGUCGCCCCCUAGCCGCCAAAGAACCGAACAAAGACAAAGAAGUGCUCACAUCACGCUCGCAGUCUGUGAUCGCGGCGUUUGGACCGCUCAACUCGCGAUAUGAGGCCAAUGCUCACUCGUUUAUGGAUACUACUAGGACUGAUGUGCAGCUCGACUUUGGAGCUCAGAACGAUAACACAUGCAUCGGUCUAGCUGAGUUGGACGAUGAUGGCCCAGCACCGUGGCCAGCGCGCGUCAUCGCCGGCGUCACCAACUUCACCGCCCGCAUUGGGCCCGCUGGCGGCAAGCGUGGCUACACCCCUAUCACUGACAAUGACAUAAGUAAAGGAUUUUUACCGUAUGGGCAUCCAUCUUGGGGCAUCGCGUGGUAUAUCAACGACCUGCUGAUCCCGGAGCUGUAUGUGGAGCGAGGGAAGACCUACACCUUCAUUGUAGAGGGCGGGGACGACCAAACUAACCCUGCUAAAUUCCACCCGUUCUACAUCAGCGACUCGUCUGAAGGCGGUUACGGACAGAAAAGGCCAGAAGACCAAAACAAGCAGCGAGUGUUUGCGGGAGUGGCGAGGGAUAAUGAAGGCUAUGCCUACCCUACUGCUGUUGGCCGCUACUGCGAAUGGACGCACAAGUCAACAGAUCAAUCGGCCGUGUCUGACACUUUCGAGGCUUAUACGAAAACUCUACAGUUGGAGUGUAAUGAGGGCCAGCCAGGAACACUGAAUUGGACAGUAGCCGAAGAGACGCCUGACCUGGUGUAUUAUCAGUGCUACACACACAAUAACCUGGGUUGGAAGAUUCACGUACUAGAUCCAGGGCAACCCAUACCACUUCCAGGAGAUCAAAGAGCUGAAUCUGCAGCUGUACAACUACCGACAGUUUCAGCUGUGAUUGUCAUUUUAAUAUCUUUUUGCAAUAUUGCAUCGAGAUAAGAUUGCCUAUAGCACAAAUAGCGGGCUCUGUUAAAAGAAUGUAUGAAACGGUGUAUGAAAUGUUUUACACAAAUUGUAAACUUUGAAAUUUAAAAGUUAAAUUAACUAUAUGUGCUGUUUCAUAUACUUCAUGGAGAUUGUGAUAUAUUGUUGGAAUAUUAUUAUAAUAUAAUAAGUAACAGAGCUCGCACGAAUUUAUGUACAGGUGUUUUUAAAUUGGGUAAAUAAUGUCAAUCAGCAUUAAAUCAAUUUCAUAUCAAGUACAUUCUAUAAAUUGCAUUUUGUGCAUUUAUCUUUACGAUUUAGCUUCAAAUAUAGAUGAAAAUCAAUAGUUUACUAUUGUAAUACAUGAUAUCAUAGAAGUAAUGACUAUACAUUUAUGUAUUUACAUUUUACGGAAUUGAAAAAGCUAACAGCUUGACAAUAAUUACAUUUUAAUGAUUUAAAUAAAAAAGCGUCACAAUAGAAAAUUUUGACAAUAAAAUUGGCUAAAUGUCUUAAAAGUAAGUAUGUAGUUAAGAUUAUUUUAGGCGCAUGCCUCGUGCUUGACAAUACAUUAAUAGAUUUUUAAACAUUUUGUAUAACAACUAUACUUUUAUUAUUGUUAAGUCUACUAUUGUUAGUAUUAAAUGUAAUUACGUGACAAUAAAUGGAGUCAAAACCAAUUACUACAUAUAAUAGUUAUAUAUGUAAGAGUUCAGCUAUCGUGUUUUAAUGCAAUUAUAUAUUAGAUAUCAAUAUAAGUUAAUCGUUCCAGCAAAAAACAUACUGAUCUGAGAUGAUAAUUUACAACAUCGCAGUUAUGUGUGUAAAACUACGACAUCAAAGAGUUUGCAAUUUUUCAAAGCAGUACAGACACUAUCAAUUCACUACUUAAGUACCUACUUACUGUCAGGUAGUUUUCCUGAGAUUCAAAAAUGUCAUACAUAAAAAUCAUUUUGAAUUAUUGGCAGUCAAAUCUUGACUACCUACAUUAAAAUAAUAAUGUUGACAAUAUUUCUGGCAGUGAAAUUCGUCUGUUAAAAGAUUUUAUCCAAAACCCUGGAACGUAAUUAUUAAUUGAUUGUCGUACAGAUUUUAUAAAUAUUAAUGAUGAUUAGAAGAUGUUUUUGUUGUCAAAAAAAUAAGAUACAUUAAAAUGAAUUGUUAAAAUUAAAAUUUAUGUAGGUACCUUUUGUCUAUAUUUCACGAAUGUUUAAUUACCUUCGAGUUUCUUAUUAGUAUAAAUCCAUUGUUGAUAAAAUUUACUUUACCUCGGCCUCUGACUACGUUAGAAAGUUAGAAGUAAGGUAUUUUCAAGUUACCAAGAUGUGGAUUGUUCUGACCUAAAAGGUUCCACUGAUUCAUUAUUAUAGCCUUGACUUACUUCAUAUGUAAUAAAAUAAACUUUAACGUACUGAAUGUUACUCUGACAAUAAAUUUGAAAUCGUCUGAAUAAUAAUAUCUCUAAUAUAAAUUUUAAAUUUAUGUUGUGUACUGUGUUUACGAAUACUAUUUUAGAGAAUUGUUUUCAUAUAUAAACUUUUACCUAUUAGAUAUGCCUAACGAUAUCGUAAUUUCGUAAGAGAAUAUAGACAAUAAUUAUUAGAAAGUAAUUUUAAAUCAUUUUACACUUCGUAGUCGUAGAUGUUGGAGCACAAAUUUCUGUUAAAAUAUAAGAUUUUUUAUAGUAAAUAGUUGAUUAAAUUUGUAACUAAAAAUAACAAAUACAUACACAUAAAAGUUUUCAAUUAAUGUCAAAGGCCUGUGCUUUAUAUUGUGAAGAGUUUGUGCCUCUGACGCAGAAGUAAGGUAUAUUUAAAGUUACUUACAGCAAAACGGUGCUUAGGUUUUAUUUAUCUGAAAGUUAUUUUUAUUUGUCUAGAUAAAGCUUAGUAAAGGACAACAACUGACAUCAUCGAUUAAAAAACCCGCGUAAAUUAGAUAUAAAAUUGUAGAUUAUUGAUUUACUUAGUAUUUUUAGACUUGUCGAUCAUAUACGUUUACAUGGUAUUUACUGCUUGCCAGAGGUUCGUGAUUUUUUAACAUUCUAUUUGGAAACGAUAAUCAUAACAUAAAUUACAAUGGUAUUUUAUAAAGAAUCAAUAAAUAAAUUAACGUUGACAAUAAUAAAGGGGAAAUCUGUGUUUACGGUGAACCUACAAAAUAAGUGAUACUAAACAGUAAAAGACUUUUUAUUCUGUAAAUUAGAUACAUAUAUUUAUACUUUUUAAACGCUAGGUGUUAUUUUAUAAUGACAAUACUGAAAUCGACAUCUUUUCUAGUGCCACUAAUAAUUUACAAUUAUUUUGAUAAAGAUGGUUAUGAAUUGAUGACACUUACGCCCACAAUAAAUAAUUUCACAAAUUCAUCACAGAAAUGUACCUUCUACUUACAAUGCUUUAUAACAAUAGGUACUUAUUCGCAUUUAAUAAGAUCUGGCUCAGAGUUUUGUUUAACUAAUACUAGAAGAUAAAUAAUAUAUAUACAUAUAUAUAUGUUUUAAAUGCUUACAUAGAUUUAAUUUAAGUACGCAGUUUUAUAACUUGUUAUUUUUUUACAUGUUUAGCAAAAUACAACCCAUCUUUACGUUUAUAAUAAAAUAUUAUGGCCGAACUUUAGAUUGUAACAGCGAAAAUUUAAAUUGGCCGCUAUGAGUCUCUAGUUUUCAUAAAAAUAGCAGCUAUUUGCUGAUUUUGAUAAUUGUACAUAUUUAUCUUAAGUAUACCUAGUGAACAAUACUGUUUGGCUACUCAUUGCUGUUACUUGUGUAAUUUAUGAUAACUUUGACAAUAAACACUUUUUCCUAAACUA